AUGUCGUGGAUGGACAGCUGGUCACGACCAAACGCAAACAGCAAAGUACCUGCGCCGCUUUACCUUUCUGGAGAUGAUGUGCCAUACUGCCAUACGUGUGGGAGGGUGAUGAUCAACAGCAAAAAGCAAACUGCCAACCCAAUCAAGUAUUGUAGUGAUAGGUGCCGUAACCGCAAACCUGGAGCUCUAGACCGCAAGAUUGAGAGGACCAUUGCUUCCCUUCUCAACGGCGAGGAAGAUUGCGGCCUCGAAAAGACAGCCGCUCGGGACAGAGUUGUCAAAGGAGACCCUCGACUAAUCGUGACGUGUGGCGAAAUCGAAGAAAUUAUCUUUGGCACACGCUUCGAUCCUGAGAAAACUCACGGUAGAAGGAAGAAUCGCAAAAGUCGAGCCAUUGGAGCAUCAAAAGAAGAAUGGAAGAGCGUCGAUAUGGUCGACUCGGAAACCUCAGAUUCCCAGGAUGAUGAGGAAGACGAGUACCAUGACGAUCACUCCGACUUUGGAUUCUCCGAUGAUGGCGCCGCAUCGGGAGGCGGCGUCAGGGUCAGGCCUCCUCAAACGGAGUCAGAUGUCAACUUCAGCGUGGGAGGUGAACGGAGUCGUAACGAGAAGAUCGAAGAGACGCCACUAGAUCUUGAGAAGCGAAGAGAGGGGGCAAAAAGGGCAGAAGAGAGGGAGAUGGUCAAAAGAGCUGCGAGGAGGGCUAUCGUGUUUGGUCUAGAAGUGCCCCGAAUGGAUCCUAUCAGGAAGGCUGAGGGGUUGAUGAAUGGGAUUGUCGUGGAGCCUUCCUUCGCGAAAGGCAAUUGGAGCGUUAGGUGGAGAGACAGGACCGCACAGUGA